CCCGUCUCCACGCACAUAAGAACGAACGAGAAGAGCACAAACACUCAACGAAAGGGAAACUCAAGAACCGUGCUCAUCUACCAGCGCAACUCGCCUGACUCACAGGACAGCCAAUCCCCGCAGCGGCUUUACAGACAAGCAGCCGCUUCCUUAAGCCGAUCAGUCCUGAAUCAAAGCAGGGCAUUCAGAAGAGAACAAACGAGACAAGAAACACGGAUCUUCGCUUUCACUUCUGUUCCUGAAGGACAAAAAAACUUUCGCCAAGAUGAUGAUGCAGCUGUCAGAAACCCCCAACCAGAAAAACUCUCUCUUCAAUGCCAUGAACCGCUUUAUCGGCGCCGUGAACAACAUGGACCAGACCAUCAUGGUGCCCAGCCUGCUGCGGGAUGUCCCAUUUGAUGAGGACAGGGAGAUGAGCUCCCUGAAAUCGGACGAGGACGAGGGGGACAUGUAUAGCUACUACCAGCAGCUCAAGUCCAUCCGCAGGGACAUCGAGUGGGGGGUCCGGUGCGCCGCAGCCGAUGAGAGGCGCAAGGAGAGCAUGAAGAUCACCCGCGUGAACUCGUCCGCGUCCACCUCCUCCUCCGCAUCCUCAUCGUUCUCCGAGGAGGACGAAGAGGAGGACGAAGAUCUGGAGAAGCAGUUCCAGUACCAUCUGACCGGGCUGCAAGGGGUGUUGUCCAAGCUCACGCAGCAGGCCAACUCUCUGACCAAACGCUACAAACAGGAGAUUGGCAUCGGAGGAUGGGGGCACUAAGGUCGGAGCCCACAGAAACUGAAAGCUUAGAUUUUUUUCUUGGACUGGCUGAACUGACUUGUCAACAGGCCUUAUUGCUGCUGCUGUGACUACUGAUGAAAUUUAUGGACAAACAUUUGAAUGGUAGGGGCAAAAGGCGGCUCGUUUAUUUCCAUAGGCCUACGUGGUGUUGGUCUACUCUGUGGUAUUGACUGUCGAUGUGUUGAUCUUGUAGAAAGCAUUUGUGUACUUAACACCAAACCCAUAUGUUUUGCACUCCAGAGUGUUGUACACACCAUGCAUUCAUUUCCUGUGAUACACAGAUGAAACGUAUUUAAAUCUUUAUUUAAUGUAUAAUUUAUUACCUCAUUUACUACCGUUUGAGAGUCAACUGUUAUUUCAAAGUUGGAGAAGAAGAAGUGGACUCCAUGAACAACAGGACCGGUCAUUUGAACUGCCCUUCUGAGGGGGAUACUGACACAAGAUUCAGCGUCCUGUCUGGGAUGCUGAUGAUGUUAGUGCGUUCAGAUGCAUUUGUCUGUGUGUGACCAGUGCUCCUUCAAAUCUGAUGUGUCUGUGUCUUUAAAUUGUGCUUUGCAGGGAAGGAGGCAGAUGCUUAUUUCAGCUGCCUAUGAUCUCCUAAUGUCCUACAUGGUCAAUGAACUGGAAUCAACUGAUAAUUCUUCUGCAUAGAGAAUAAUGAUGGUUUCCAUGAGAUGCAUUGUUGUUAUUGUCUUUUGUCUGCUACUACUGAGGUAUUACUGGAGAUGUCCGUCUGCCCAAAUUAGCCAGUGCUUUUGUAUGCACCUUCUGCACCAUUUUUGUACUGAUAAUAUUUGUUUCUAAAAUAAAACUUUUAUAUGAAUGUA